AUGUUGUCAGACACAGUGAAGAAGAAAUUCAUAUUAAGACAGCAGGAAGGUAUGAACACCCUGCAGGAAUGGGGUUUGGAGAAAUACUCUCAAAGUGCUGCCAAAAAGGCUCUGAACCACAACACUAAACAUGUGAUAAAAGAGGGAGGCCGCGCUGGAAAAGCCCUAAUGAUCAAUACUGACAAGCUCAUCAGCACCGUGCAGGUUUUAGGUGUCGCAGGUGGUGCUGCCAAAGCCGCCCAGGCCAUCAGUGUCACCACAGGCAUCAUGUCUGCCCUCUUUUUAGCUUUGGAUGUUUUCUUCCUUGCCAAGGACUCUCAUGAACUCCGUAAAGGUACUAAAACCAAAUUUGCCAGCAAGAUCAGAGAGGUUUGUAAAAACCUUCAAGAUGGCCUCCUGGAGCUGAACAAGGUUAAGACACAGCUGCAGAAAACUAUGGAUGGCAUCGAAGUGGAGGAGUUUGAGGAGAUUGAAGAGGUGAAGGUGGAGGUUGAGGAUGACUUCCUGUCAGACCCAAAGAAGCUGGCUGAGCUGGAGCAGGAGCUGGACAUCAUAGAGGAGAAACUGGACAAGAAAGAUGAAGUGCAGCCGAAGAAGAGUAAAGAGUCGGAGAAGGGAAUUUUUAAACUUAAAAAGGAGAAAAGGGAGAAGAAGAGCGUGAAGGAAAAGGAAGAGCUGGAGGAAAAGAAGGACAAAGAGAAGAUGGAAAAUAAUGCAAAGAAAGAGGGAAACAAGGAAGGGGACAUGGGAGAAAGUAUGCUUGAGUCUAAAUUGGAGAAGAUUCCUGACGGGGAGACUAAACAAGUAAAAGAAACCAGCAUCAAAAUUGUUUUAGAAGAACAGUUGGAGAAAGGAAGCAAAAAAGUCAAAGAAACGGAGAACCAAAUAACAGUUAGAAAAGAAAAGAAACACGAUGCACUUCCUGGUGUCAGUCGACUUCUCCUCACUCUCUACCUGCAGCUGGCCAGAUGGGAUUGA